GCAGCGUAACGUAGAAAGUCAGUUGGACGGCGGCGCCGCACCAGUCGUACGCGUAGGGACGCGCCUUUUCGUGGUCCAGCGAUCAAAUAUCGGCCGCUCGUGAUUUCGUGCGCCCCUUUAGUGCCUCCCUUCGAACUCGAACUCGAACGUUGGAGGAAUUCGAUUAAUUUUAAAUCUCGUAGACGAGAGAAAUCGAAUGAGAUAAUUUGAGAAAAAGAGCGGAAGACGAGGAAAGAUAAAAGAGGACUUUGAAAGAGAGAGAGAGAGAGAGAGAGAGUGGAGGAUCGUCGCGUCUCGAUCUUCUCGAUCGUGAUAUCUCUUCUUUAUUGUGAGGAGGGAGGAUAAUCGUAAUCGUGAUCGAGGACGAAUCGAGGAUAGAAGGAAGGUUGGGAAAGGGACGGAAGUCGGUGGAUCAAGUGCCUUUUUCUUUCUGUUUCGCGGGGAUACCGUUGGUCCCGCCCCUCUGGGCGGCUCCUGGCACCCGGAAGUAUCCUCGGCCCGAAUACUGACGGACCUGUCCUCGCAGUACGAGCUCCCAUCGCCGCAACCAGGAUGUUUUUGUCCUCGAGAGCUUUCCCGCCGAUUCUCUUCGCGGCGCUCUUCCUCUGCAUCGGACUGGCACACGGUAUCAGAUGUUACAAAUGCGGGCAGUACAACGAGGGAGUCGGCAGCAUCACGCCGUGCAUCAAUUACACCGCUCACAUGCAUCUGAAGGAAUGUCCACCCUCGGCCGAAUGGUGCAUCAAAUAUGUCAGCGAAGGGUCGAUAGUUCGAGACUGCGUGCCAACGUGUGUGGAAAAGGAGGCCUGGAGCACGAUGACGUAUUGUUGCCAGCAGGACGGCUGCAACUCGGCCCCAUCGUUCGUGUCCAGCAACAGCCUCGCGAUGGUCGCGAUCACGAUGGUGCUCCUCCUUGUGCUUCGUGGCUAAUACGUCGUUUCCAGCGACCAGGUGACCGCGAAUGGAAGCUACGGGAUCCCUUCGACAUCACCGCGCUAACCAUCGAUUAUUGUCCUGGCCUUUAUCUUGCUGACUGGACGUUGACCAGUCGAUAGUUGUCGA